CUGUAAAAUAAUUUCUUAAUACAAUUAUUUUCAAACUUUUCUUUAUUAAAUUAUUAGCAUUUAUUGUAUAAACUUUAUUAUUAAGCAUAAAGAUAUAUUUGUACAUCCGCUCAUAUUAUAUGAAUUCAAACUAACGCGCUUGUGAGAUGUUGUUAUGCGUCUGCGUUUGAAUUGACCGUUAUAAUUUCAAACCUCAAACCUGCAUGUCUGAAACACUAAUUUAAAAAUGGCGAUUCUGUGAAAUUCAAUACAUGUGCAUUUAUAGCUUUUGUUUCAAUUUAAGAAUACUUAAAUUUCGUUUAGCUCAUCAACAAAAAUUUAUUUAAAGGUCGGUCUUGGCGAUUAAUCAACUGUGUCGUGAUGUAAAAAUUUUGAGUAAGACGAUAAGACAAACGAUUAAUUAGAAAAUAUUAGUAGGCCCAAAUUGAAACAACUCUUAUUCUGAUAAAUGGAUUUUGACGAUUCGUUUUACCAACAAUGGAAGGCACAAAAAAUAAACAACCGCCGGCUUUUUGCAGAAAAAUUAGAUGUCGCAUCUGGAAAUAUAAAAAUAUUUUCUUCAACAGCUUUGAAUGAACAAACUGAAAAUGAAACUUUCAGUUUACGAUUGUCUGAAUCAUAUGUUGAUGAGACUCAAGAGAGUUUUGAAAAUAAUCAACAGAAAAAAACUGAGGAAAUCAUUUUGAUAAGUGAUUCCAGUGUCGAAGAAAAUAGUCUCAUUAAUGAAAAGUCAGACACAAGAAAAAAUUAUGUAAAUACUGCUGUAAAAGAAAAACCAAACAAACUGUGUAUAAUUGAGUCCUCUGAUGAUGAAUUGCCCAACUUUCAAGUACAAGAAACUUUACAGAAAAGCAUUAGAAAAAUUUCUACUUCUAAAAAGUCAACAGAGCAAUUUAACAAGACAAAUGUAAUCAUUGAAGAAAGUGAUUCUGAAUUAGAACAAAGUAAAGUACCAGAAAUCAUAAAAGAAACUAUUGCUGAAAGCAUAACAUUGUCUGACAGAAAGAAAAAAGAAAUAUUGCAAUGGCUUUCAACUAAUUUUGAUAGUUCCAGAUGUAAUAGUUCUUGCAGUACUGAAAGUGCAAUAGCAGAUAGCAGAAAAAGUGGUAUAAGUUCAGGGAACAGUAGCUUAGAGCGUCUAGAGCAAAAUUAUGAGACACCUAAUAACCGUGGAAAAUUGUCUAAACUAACAAUAGAUAGACAGAAAAAAAAUUUGAAUGAAACUAAAAAUCAAACGAAGAUUGAUGAAUAUUUUCCAAAUGGCAAAAAGGGACAGUUGAAAAUAGUAAAUGAGAUUACUCCGAAGAGUAAAGACUCUCAUAUAACUCCUGUAAGAAAGAUUAAAUUUAGUUCAAAAGAUUUGAUUUUAUCUGAAACAACGUCUACUAGAAACAAAACACCAACAGACAAAAAACUUGAUUCGACCCCAGUAAAUAAUGUACUUAAGAAAAAAAUACCUGAAUCUAAUGUAACUUCAAUGGUUGAUAAAAGUUCAGAUAAAAGAAUCAAGAAAACAAAAAGUGAAAAGUCUUCUGAGUCUUCCAAAAAUGAUCAUUCUGAUACAAUAUCAGAGAAUAGUGUAAAACUAAAUCCAAGAAAUAUUAUUAUACCUGAAUCUGAAUCUUUUGGAUCUGACAAUGAAUUAAAUGUAACCGAAGAUCCAAACAUUAAAAAAUGUGGCAAUAUAGACAUAAAAAUUUUAUCUGAAAAUAAUUCUCUAAUAUCUAAUGUCAAUCUAAUCAAAACCAGUGAUGAAGAUAUUUUUCAAAGUACGUCUGAUUCCAAUUCAAAAAGUAAAGAGUCACCGAACAAUGAUCAUAAUAACACCAUUAAUGAUUGUGCAGAUAUUUUAGAAAAUUUAUAUGGUACAACUUGGAGAAACAAAGUAAAUACACUUGUAUCUAUGACUGAACCAAGAAAAAAUACCACGAAAACUGUUAUUAAAAAAGUACAAACUGAAAAAAAAAGUUGUAAUAGACCUGCACUGAAAGAUUUUUGUAAUAAAGAACUUUCAGAUAAAGAAAAUGAUCAUGUUAUUAACAAAGGAAAUGUGCAAACUGAAAAAGUCAAGAAUAGUCACAGGCAAAAAGAUAAUUUUAUUAAUGAUAAUGAAUCUUCAGAAAGUAGUCCAGAUUGCUCUUAUUACACAGCUUUAACAAAUCCUAUAUCAUCUCAACAGAAUGUUCCAGUUAAAAUAAAAGAGAAUGAUCACCAAAAAAAAUGGAAAGAACUUUGUGAUUCAGAAUCUGAUUUAGAUGAUGCCAAUCAGAAACAAAAAGAUCAUUGUCAAAGAAAACUAAGUUUUAAUUCAUCAAACACUUCUAGUACAAGUGAGUUUGAUCCAGAAGAUAUAAUCCCCCCAAAAUCUACAAAAGUGAAAAAACUAAUAACUUUUUCAACUGUUAAAAAGACAUCUUAUCCUACUAAAAAGCCAUCUGUUAGAAAAAGUUUUAUAGCUUCACUAUCUAAAGAUGUACCUCUAGAAAAUGCAGAUUUCAAAGCUAUGGUUUAUAGAGUUAAGUAUCCUUCUUUGAAAGAAGAAUUAUGUAAAGUAUUGUUCAAAUUAUUUAACGAAAAAGUUUUUGACUAUAAAUUACCUGAAGACAUGUCGAUAGAAUGGAGUAUUAGAUUACGUGGAACUGCUGGUAAAUGUUAUAACAAACAAUCGCUUAAAGCACUUGGUAACACAGUUAGAUCUUCAAGAAUUGUUUUGGCAUCUAAAGUUUUAGAUUCUCCAGAUAGAUUAAGAGACACGUUGAUCCAUGAAAUGUGUCAUGCAGCUACAUGGUUAAUAAAUAAUGUAUCCGAUGGUCAUGGAAAUUUUUGGAAAGCUUGGGCAAAUAAAGCUAUGAAAGUUUUUCCAGAAUUACCUACUAUUUCUAGAUGUCAUAAUUAUGAAAUUCAAACAAAGUAUACCUAUAAAUGCACUGGUUGUGGCUAUACUAUUGGAAGACAUUCCAAAUCAUUAGAUUUAAAUAGUAAACGUUGUGGAUAUUGUUAUGGAACAUUUGAACUUUUAAUUAAUAAAGUGACAAAAACUGGUAGAGUACAGAAAAAGAGUACUGCUCAGACAAAAGAACCAUCAGGAUUUGCUCUUUAUGUUAAAGAAAAUUAUCAAUUGGUAAAGCAAAGUCGAAGUUCUAUGAAACAUGCUGAAGUUAUGAAAACUUUAGGACAACAAUUUUCUGCAGUUAAAAUAACACCCAAACCAGCUAAUAAAAUUAGAAAUAAUGACGAUGAAUCCCCAUAAUCUGAAAGAAAAUAACACACUUGAAUAGUUAUACCUAGUAUACUUGAUAGUGAGACUGAUUCACCAGAUGUUCUAGUGAAAUUUUUUAUAUUUUAUAUUUUGUAAAUAUACAUCAAGAUUAUGACAUGUGAUUUUCUCUUUAAAAAAUGUGUUAAAAUAGUAUUUUAUGACAAUUUUUACACAUUUUUAAUAUAAAAUACCAGUAAAAUAUAUGUAUUGUAUAAAAUUGAAUUUCCAGAAAUAUUUUAAAUAUAAAUAAAUAGUUGAUUUUUAUG